CACACCCAGAGGGACAGGCAGCGGACUUCACUCCUCUUCUCCUCAUGGACCCUGAAGGCUUCACAGGACUCGGAUCUGGAGCAGCAUGAAGGUCGGAGGAGCCGCGGCGCUGCUGCUGCUGCUGCUCGGCCGCUGCUGCUGCACCAGCCCCGGCAGGACAGUGUGUCAGGGGAUGCAUAACUAUCUGACAUUGCUGGGAGAUCGUGAGUAUCACUAUAAGAACAUGGUGAGGAUGUACACAAACUGCUCCGUUGUCCUGGAGAACCUGGAGAUCACCUACACCCUGGAGCACCAGGACCUGUCCUUCCUUCAGACCAUUGAGGAAGUGGGAGGCUACGUUCUGAUUGCCAUGAACGAGGCCAACGUCAUCCCGCUGGUCAACCUGAAGCUGAUCCGAGGCCAGAACCUCUACGAUCACAAGUUCGCCCUCCUGGUGAUCUCCAACUACCGCCUGGACCAGUCGUCUGCAACGCACAACUACACCAGUGGGCUGAGGCAGCUGCUGCUAAGCAACCUGACGGAAAUCCUGAAAGGAGGCGUGAAGAUGAUGCACAAUCACUUGCUGUGCAACGCCGAGACCGUCCAGUGGCGGGACAUCCUGGACGGAGACAACAGCUCCAACGUGGUCUUCAAGACGAGCGACUUCCCGCGGAGAUGUGAGAAGUGUGACCCCAGGUGUGUUAGCGGCUCGUGUUGGGCAGCCGGGCCGGAUCACUGCCAGAGAUUCACCAGGCUCCAUUGUGCCGAGCGGUGCAGCAGAAGGUGUCGCGGUCCGGGACCCAGCGACUGCUGUAACGAGCACUGUGCGGCCGGCUGCUCCGGACCUCGAGCCAGCGACUGCCUGGCCUGCAGGGAUUUAAACGACGACGGGACCUGCAAAGACGCUUGUCCGCAAAUGACAGUCCACGACCCCAAGACGUACCGGCAGAUCAACAACCCCAACGCCAAGUUCGCCUUCGGGGCGACCUGCGUCAAGGCCUGCCCCCAUAACUACGUGGUGGAUAGUGGAUCAUGCGUCCGUACCUGCAGCGCUGGAACAUACGAGGUGGAGAAGAACGGAGUCCAAAGCUGUAAACACUGCAACGGUCCCUGUCCCAAAGUCUGUGACGGCAUUGGGCUCGGGGCUCUGAGCAACGCCCUCGCCAUCAACGCCUCCAACAUCGAAUCCUUCAGGAACUGCAGCAAGAUCAUCGGGGACGUCAGGCUCCUGCAAACCUCCUUCACCGGAGAUCCGCACGAUAAAAUCCCACCGAUGGAUCCGGCUAAGCUGGAGUAUUUGAGGACGGUGAAGGAAAUCACAGGCUUCCUGCUCAUCCAGUUUUGGCCAGAGAAUAUGACCUCUCUGUCAGUGUUUGAGAACCUGGAGAUCAUCAGAGGAAGAACCACCCACUCACGUUACAGUCUGUUGGUGAUGCAGGCAGAGAACCUCCUCUGGCUGGGUCUGCGCUCUCUGAAGGAGAUCAGUGCCGGUAAAGUGAUGAUAAAGAACAACCCUCAGCUGUGCUACACCAAAGCGGAACAGUGGAACCACCUCAACAGGUCCAGCGACCAGACCGCCACCGUAGAGAUGAACGCUCCCCCUGACGUCUGCGAACAACAGAAUCGAACCUGCGACCAGGAGUGUUCAGACAAGGGCUGCUGGGGCCCAGGUCCCACUAUGUGUCUCUCCUGUCGCCUUUUCAACCGUAGGGGGCGCUGUGUGGCGUUCUGCAACCUGCUGCAGGGCGAGCCCAGAGAGGUGGAGGUGGGCCGCCGCUGCGAGGAGUGUCACAGCGAGUGUCUCCCGCAGACCAGGACGCCGACCUGCGAAGGACCGGGCUCCGACCAGUGUUCCCAAUGCGCCCACCUGAAGGACGGCCCCCACUGCGUUCGGCGCUGCCCCCAUGGUGUGUUGGGAGACGGAGACGCGUUGAUCUCGAAGUACGCAGACGGGAAGGGCCAGUGCCAGCCAUGCCACCAGAACUGCACCGAGGGGUGUUCUGGAGCUGGACUCUCAGGAUGCAGCAGUGCGCCCAUCGCCUCCACCAUGGCGGUGGCCGUGGUGGGCGGGCUCCUCAUCGCGGUCAUCGUGGCGUUGGUCAUCUUUGUCUUGCUGCGGCGACGGCGAAUCCGGAGGAAGAGGACAACGCGGCGCCUGCUGCAGGAGAGAGAGCUGGUGGAGCCGUUGACGCCGAGUGGAGAAGCGCCCAAUCAGGCGCUGCUGAGGAUCCUCAAGGAGACGGAGUUAAAGAAGAUCCGGGUGCUCGGCUCCGGGGCCUUCGGAACCGUCUUCAAGGGCCGGUGGAACCCUGAAGGAGAGAAUGUGAGGAUCCCCGUAGCCAUUAAAGUUCUCCGCGAGGCCACAUCGCCUAAAGCCAACCAAGAAAUCCUGGACGAGGCGUACGUGAUGGCCAGCGUGGACCACCCUCACGUGUGCCGCCUGCUGGGGAUCUGCCUCACGUCGUCGGUCCAGCUGGUGACUCAGCUGAUGCCGUACGGCUGUCUGCUGGACUACGUGCGGCACCACAGGGACCACGUCGGGGCCCAGUGGCUGCUCAACUGCUGCGUCCAGAUGGCGAAGGGCAUGAACUACCUGGAGGAGCGUCACCUGGUGCACCGUGACCUGGCGGCUAGGAACGUCUUGGUGAAAACCCCCAACCACGUGAAGAUCACCGACUUCGGGCUGGCCAAGCUGCUGGCGUCUGACGAGAAGGAGUACCACGCCGACGGAGGGAAGGUUCCCAUUAAGUGGAUGGCGCUGGAGUCGAUCCUCCAGUGGACCUACACCCACCAGAGUGACGUCUGGAGCUUCGGUGUGACGGUGUGGGAGCUCAUGACGUUCGGCUCCAAGCCGUACGACGGCAUCCCGGCCAGCGAGAUGUCGUUGGUUCUGGAGAGAGGAGACCGGCUGCCUCAGCCCCCCAUCUGCACCAUCGAGGUCUACAUGAUCCUGGUGAAGUGUUGGAUGAUUGACCCGUCCAGCCGUCCCAGGUUCAGAGAGCUGAUAGUGGAGUUCUCAAAGAUGGCCAGAGAUCCAUCCAGAUACCUGGUUGUAGAGGGCGACCUCCCCAGUCCGUCAGACAGCAGGUUUUACUCCCGCCUGCUGAGCUCAGACGGCAUGGACGACGUGGUAGACGCCGACGAGUACCUGCUACCUAACAAAGCAACGGGUUGCCAUGACGACGGGUCCUGCCAUGACGUGAACGGUCAUCCACUCCGACAGAACAGCAUCGCUCUGCGUUACAUCACCGAUCCGACCCACAACGCCGCGGAUCAAGAAGACUUCGGCGGCCACGACUACAUGAACCAGAGUCUGGGGGAAACCAGCCGGACCAGCAGGCUGUCCGAGGUCUUCAAUCCCAACUACGAGGACUUGACGCUGGGCGCCGCCUCGCCCCAGUCGCCGCUGGACGAGCUGAAGUCUUUGGGACCCGAAUACCUGAACACCGCCCAGAGCUCGCUGCCUCGGGCCGCCGGGGACAGCCUGGACAACCCGGACUACCAGGCAGACUUCCUGCCACGGGCCACGCCGCCCGGGAACGCUCUUCUCCUCCCGGCGGCGGAGAACCUGGAGUACCUGGGUUUGGUGGCUGCACUGGACGCCCCCGUCCGCUAGGGGGCAGCGGCCUCCGGGACACUGCAGGACGAAAGGGACAUUGGGGACAAAGUUUCAGAAGCACAGUAAAUCCCUGCCUUGCUUUUCUUUUGCCUCUCUGCAUGAUUUGUUUGUCAGCACUAAAAAAUGAAAUCAGGAUGGAGGUUUGAAAAUGUGAAGAAGACUCAACGGGUGAGGAAGUAGAAAUGGGAACGUUUGCUUCAUGGGGUCUUCAGGGUGUAAGGGGUUCAUGCUGGACCCUCGGAUCCUCCAGGCAGUAGAAUAUACCACUGUACAGCACGUCUUAAAUGUUCUUCUAAAUAGUCAGAAGCUCUCAAUUCAAUUCUAAUUAUUGGUUGCAGCACAACGUCCCCUCACACAGGAAGAACCUUUUGGACCGUAUUUAAACGUAUUCUUUUGAAUUCCACUCAGGGUGUUCUUUUGUGUUCUUGCCUAAAAACGGGUUGAUGGAAACAACUUUAGUAAAAAUGUGACUGUGAGAAGAGUGAAUUACCAAGUAUUGUUGAUGUUAGUACACAUUUGAGCGUGAGUGAGGACGUGUGGUUGUGGAGAACGAGCUCUGGUGAAUAAAAACGUGAUCAGAUCUUUGCAGAUGAUGAAAUGAAGUCCUGUUGUUUAGCUGUUAAAUGUGAAUUGAGUUGUGAAGCUAGUUUGAGAAUUGACAUCAGGUUCAGAUCCAUGUGAACCAGUCUCAGUGUAGACCUGAUCCUCUAUGUGAACCAGAGUCAGUGUAAUCAAAGUAGUGUAGUUAAAGGCGGGUAUUGGUAGUAAUAAGGUUACUUCAUACAUGUGAUAUCAACUCCCCCCGUCAUUGAGAAAUAUGAAAAUAUGAGUAAAUGACCUGCAGGAGCCAUGAAGGAACCAGCGGAAUAAGCUAAACCCAGGUCCAGGUGGAGUGAGGAGCACCAGGAGUGGAGGAGUCAGAUCAGACCUGGAGGAGCACUAAGAUGAUGGAGGACUUCCACCUGAGAAGAAGAAGAUUGUCAUCAGCUCAAAACGUCAUCACGACAAGCAUCUGGCUCAUCUGCUUUCUAUCUAUAUAUUGUGUAUGUAUUGUGUGUACACAAUGUACACACAUGUACUUUCUUCGUCCUGUGCAGACUGUGAAGCCCUCUGAGGCUUAUUUGUUAUUUGUGAUUGUGACUUUACAAAAUAAAAGGAAUUGAAUUGAA